AUUAUUCAUAAAUAUAUUUCGUUAAGAUCGUUUAAUAAAAAUUUGUUGUGCUUUUUAAAGAUCACUUUCUCCAUUUUCACGUAAAACCACCCAACCAUAACAUACUUUCAUACCUAAUAAGGGGUUUUCAUUGUUCAUUAACUCAGUAACAACAAAGGAUCCACAAUGCAUCCUGUAACUCAAGAGAUGUUUGAUGGUGUAGUAAAGGAAAAUAUGGAUGAAUUUGGUAUGGAUGUUGAUGAGGCUAUAGAAGAUACAGUUAAGCAAUUCCAGGCUCAGGGUGCUGAUUUAAGUAAAGUAAUUAUUGAUCUAAUGGCCAGCAGUGUGGACUCGCAGACAGUUACUGAUGCUCUGAAGAGGUUGAGUAAACUGGUGAAAGAAAAUCAACCACCACAAGAGUAUGUGGAAGAGCUUAAAAUAAUCAAAACACAAUGUGACAUUGGAUUGCAAUACAAAGUUAUUGCAGGUAGGGAAGGGGCCUAUAACAUUAUAAUGGAUAUAUUGAGCAAGGACCUAGGUGAUGUAGAAGUAUUAACUGAGUGUUUCAUAACUCUAACUUCUUUGAUGACCAAGCAACCUGAUCUCUUGAACGCUGCUGGUAUUCAAUUGAUUAUAACUACUUUGGACCAGCAGACAGAUGAGAAUGUAAUAAAGCAUCUCCUUAAAUGGACCCGGGAAUGUUGCAUUUUACAUGAGAAUAAUAGGCAAAAUAUAAUGGAUGCUGGAAUUCUGGACCACUUGAAACCACUGAUGCAAGUGGCAAGUGCUUCGCUGCUUUGCGAUUGUUUGGGCGUGCUUAGAUCUCUCGUUUUGGAUGACGAUAUCCGUGUGGAAUUUGGAAGAGCUCACGAUCAUGCAAGAAUUAUUGCCAGUGAUACUCUAUGCUUUAUCACAGCUUUGCUUGAAAAAUUCAAAUCAGAUGAAACUUUAAUGAACGACGUAAUUUUAACCAUAUCAUCACUUUUGGUCAGAACAGAAUAUUGUAAGAAAGUUGAUGAUGCCGGCGGUUUGCCAAUCAUUUUGAGCACUUUAUCGCAAUUUUCUAAUAGCGAUAAAUUGAGUAAGCAAUGUUUGAAAGUACUGAAAGCAUUGGCUGGAAAUGAUGAGCUUAAAAGUAAAAUUAUUAAAAGCGGCGCUGCGCCCUUGAUUAUCAAUGCUUUGAAUAAACAUAAAGUGAAUCAGCAAACCGCGAUAUUGGGUUUAGGAUGUAUAUCCGCUCUAACAUUGAGAUGUCCUGAAAACAGCGAAGCUCUUUUCAAGUGCGGCGCUCCGAAUACGAUUGUUUCAAUAAUGGAAUUGCAUCCGGAUAAUGAGCAGGUGCAGAAAAAUGCCAGUUGGGCCAUCCGGAAUAUGGUGUCUAGAAGCCGUCAUCAGAACAAGCAAUUCAUUGAGUUAGGUGUUGAACAAUUACUUCAUAAGGCUUUGAAGAAGUGCAAAAAGAGCGAGUACGACAUCAAAGCGGCACUGAGAGAUUUGGAAUGCAGUGUCGAACUGAAGGAGGAAUGGACUGGAAAAGGAGGAAUGUUGCACACUGACGAGAAGCUCAAGAAGAAAUGAACUUAAUAAUACUUGCACUUGAUUAUUACUUAGCUUCGGGAAAUAAUUAAUGCUAAUAUUAAUAUUGCCUCCUUAUAUUCAAAAGUUUGUUAUAACUUUUUUUUUAUUAAUAAAUAAUAUCUGCAUCAUGUCGGCGUUGCUUAGAUGACGUUAU